AUGGCAUCUCUCGGCUUCUUCUCCAAUGAUUCGGGACAGCGAUCCGGCGCUGGAGACAAUUCAGCGGCAGCCCCAGCUUGGUGUCAGAUGGCCCAAAAGUUCACUGGCGGCAUUGGAACAAAGCUUUGCGCAUUCCUGUAUGGUGAUGGCCAGAGACCCAAGGAUGCAGUUGUUAAGGAAGAAGCACCACCCCUGGAAACCAUCCUGACCUGUACCUGCGGCAAAACUCCAUGUACUUGUCAGAAAGUUCAAAUCAACUUUUCUGUCUUGCAUUCAACAGAUCUUCUGCCAGCAUGCAAUGGGGAAGGAGUCACUUUCACAUUCUUGGAGCAAGUGUUGGACAUUCUACUUGAGUACAUUUUGAAAACAUUUGAUAGAUCUACAAAAGUAAUAGAUUUCCACUAUCCUGAUGAUCUCCUUGAGGGAUUUAACUGGAUGCUAGAUGAAAAGCCAAACUCUUUAGAAGACAUUUUGUUGACCUGCAGGACAACACUAAAAUAUGCUGUAAAAACAGGUCAUCCUAGAUAUUUCAACCAGCUGUCUACAGGAUUAGAUAUGGUUGGCCUUGCUGCUGAUUGGCUUACCUCCACAGCUAACACCAACAUGUUCACAUAUGAGAUUGCACCAGUGUUUGUCCUGUUGGAAUACAUCACGCUGAAGAAAAUGAGGGAAAUGAUUGGCUGGCCUGGAGGAUGUGGAGAUGGAAUAUUCUCACCUGGUGGAGCAAUAUCAAACAUGUAUGCCUUGCUAAUUGCACGAUACAAGCUGUUUCCUGAAGUUAAAGAAAAAGGAAUGGCUGCCCUUCCAAAACUAAUUGCCUUCACAUCAGAACACAGUCAUUUUUCGAUAAAGAAGGCAGCAGCAGCUCUGGGAAUUGGGACUGAUGGAGUGGUUCUGAUCAGGUGUGAUGCAAGAGGGAAAAUAAUACCAUCAGACCUUGAGAGAAGAAUACUUGAAGCUAAGCAAAAGGGCUUUGUUCCGUUCUUUGUGAAUGCUACGGCUGGCACCACAGUGUACGGUGCCUUUGACCCUCUAGCUGCCAUUGCCGACUUAUGUCAGAAGUACAAGAUCUGGAUGCAUGUGGAUGCAGCCUGGGGUGGUGGUUUGCUGAUGUCUAGAAAACAUCGCUGGAAGUUAAGUGGAACUGAGAGGGCGAACUCUGUUACUUGGAAUCCACACAAGAUGAUGGGAGUCCCCUUGCAGUGUUCAGCUCUACUGGUCAGAGAGGAGGGACUGUUGCAAAGCUGUAAUCAGAUGAAUGCCUGCUACCUCUUCCAACCUGACAAACACUAUGAUCUGUCCUAUGACACUGGAGAUAAGGCAUUGCAGUGUGGGCGACAUGUGGAUAUUUUUAAAUUGUGGCUGAUGUGGAGAGCUAAGGGUACCUUGGGUUUUGAGGCACAGAUUGACAAGUGCUUGGACCUAUCUGAUUACUUGUACAACAAAAUAAAAAACAGAGAAGGAUUUGAAAUGGUGCUUGAUGGGAAACCACAGCACACCAAUGUCUGCUUCUGGUAUUUGCCUCAUAGUAUUCGACAUUUACCAGAUAAUGAAGAGAGAAGGAGCUUGCUGAUGAAAGUGGCUCCACAGAUUAAAACUAGGAUGAUGACAUUUGGGACCACAAUGGUAAGUUACCAGCCCCAAGGUGACAAAGUUAAUUUCUUCCGUAUGGUCAUCUCAAACCCAGCAGCCACACAAGAAGACAUUGAUUUCCUCAUUGAGGAAAUAGAGCGACUUGGGCACGACCUGUAA